GGAUCGCUGGGCCUCUCCCUCAUCUCGCGAUGUCAUCCUUCUUUUUUUUUUUUUUUUCCUAAGCCCUAUGACCCCCUCCCCUCCCAACGUGUUUUUCAAAUUCGCCAAUGGGCACACAGCUUAGGCUCGAACCAGCCAAUCGGAAUGCGGAGUCACCGGGAAAUUUAAAUUGCGCCGGCCGGCGGCACGAGCCACACGGUCUUUGAGCUGAACCGGAGGUGGUCGUUUUUAAUCGCAGCUUCCCCAUAUCCGCGGAUCCCUGCUUAAGCCUCCUGUGGAAGCCCGGGCCCGCUUCGUAGCUUUCUCCCUUUGUCUCAUAACCAUGUCCACCAACGAGAAUGCACAUACACCUGCUGCCCGUCUUAACAGAUUCAAAAACAAGGGAAAAGACAGUACGGAAAUGAGGCGUCGCAGAAUAGAAGUCAAUGUGGAGCUAAGGAAAGCUAAGAAGGAUGAUCAGAUGCUGAAGAGGAGAAAUGUAAGCUCAUUUCCUGAUGAUGCUACUUCUCCGCUGCAGGAAAACCGCAACAACCAGGGCACUGUAAAUUGGUCUGUUGAUGACAUCGUCAAAGGCAUAAAUAGCAACAACGUGGAAAAUCAGCUCCAAGCUACUCAAGCUGCCAGGAAACUACUUUCUAGAGAAAAACAGCCCCCCAUAGACAACAUAAUCCGGGCUGGUUUGAUUCCAAAAUUUGUGUCCUUCUUGGGCAGAACUGAUUGUAGUCCCAUUCAGUUUGAAUCUGCUUGGGCACUCACUAACAUUGCUUCUGGGACAUCAGAACAAACCAAGGCUGUGGUAGAUGGAGGUGCCAUCCCAGCCUUCAUUUCUCUGUUGGCAUCUCCCCAUGCUCACAUCAGUGAACAAGCUGUAUGGGCUCUAGGAAACAUUGCAGGUGAUGGCUCAGUGUUCCGAGACUUGGUUAUUAAGUACGGUGCAAUUGACCCACUCUUGGCUCUUCUUGCAGUUCCUGAUAUGUCAUCUUUGGCAUGUGGUUACUUACGUAAUCUUACCUGGACACUUUCAAAUCUUUGCCGCAACAAGAAUCCUGCACCCCCGUUAGAUGCUGUUGAGCAGAUUCUUCCUACCUUAGUUCGGCUCCUGCAUCAUGAUGAUCCAGAAGUAUUAGCAGAUACCUGCUGGGCUAUUUCCUACCUUACUGAUGGUCCAAAUGAACGAAUUGACAUGGUCGUGAAAACAGGAGUUGUGCCCCAACUUGUGAAGCUUCUAGGAGCUUCUGAAUUGCCAAUUGUGACUCCUGCACUACGAGCCAUAGGGAAUAUUGUGACUGGUACAGAUGAACAGACUCAGGUUGUGAUCGAUGCAGGAGCGCUUGCCAUCUUUCCCAGCCUGCUCACCAACCCCAAAACUAACAUUCAGAAGGAAGCUACAUGGACAAUGUCAAACAUCACGGCUGGCCGUCAGGACCAGAUACAGCAAGUUGUGAAUCACGGAUUAGUCCCAUUCCUUGUCAGUGUUCUUUCUAAGGCCGAUUUUAAGACACAAAAGGAAGCUGUAUGGGCUGUGACCAACUAUACCAGUGGUGGAACAGUUGAACAGAUUGUGUACCUUGUUCAUUGUGGCGUAAUAGAACCAUUGAUGAACCUCUUAACUGCAAAAGAUACCAAGAUUAUUCUGGUUAUCCUGGAUGCCAUUUCAAAUAUCUUUCAGGCUGCUGAGAAAUUAGGUGAAACUGAGAAUCUUAGUAUAAUGAUUGAAGGAUGUGGAGGCUUAGACAAAAUUGAAGCUCUACAAAACCAUGAAAAUGAGUCUGUGUAUAAGGCUUCAUUAAACUUAAUUGAGAAGUAUUUCUCUGUAGAGGAAGAGGAAGAUCAAAAUGUUGUGCCAGAAACUACCUCUGAAGGCUAUACCUUCCAAGUUCAGGAUGGGACUCCUGGGACCUUUAACUUUUAGAUCAUGUAGCUGAGGUAUAAAUUUGUUGUGUACUAUGUUUGGUAUUUUGUCUUCCUGUUUCUCUACGAAGAACUCUUUCUAAAUGUGGUUUAUUAUUGUAGCACUUUUUACACUGAAACUAUACUUGAACAGUUCCAACUGUACAUACUGUAUGAAGCUUGUCCUCUGGCUACAUUUCUUAUUUCUAUGUGGAAUUUCAUAUCUUGCAGCCUCCUGUAAAUAAACAUUAAAACCCACCCUUUACUUCAC